AGGAUAGAUUUAUAAUAAUAAUUUACAUUUCUGCCAGAGGGUGUCGCUGGAGUCUAGUUCAGCGCGGUGCCCAGAAGAAGAAAUUGUAGUUUAAAGAUGGCGCUGCCCGGUGUUUUACUCGUGCGGCUCAGAGCGUUGUGUAAUGUUGGCAAAUGUGUUUAUACGGGAGGCAAAACAGCGUCCAACUGGAGCAGCGAAGUGCGGUGGUAUAGGGCAAAAGCACGAAGCUUUCAGGAACAAGGGACAUCAUAUGAACAGACUCAACGAGAUAACGUGAGCCCAAACCUCCUGAAGGAGUUUCCAGAUCCUAAAGGUCUGUUAAAUAACACCCUGUGCCGUUCACUGGGAGUCAACGACCUUUCCCAGCUCAUCCAGUACACCUGCACGGAACAUGCGGGUGUCAAGAAAGCCACUGUCACACUGCUGUGGCCUUGCAAGAUUGAAGAGGAGGGGUUUGCCUCCAAGAAGAUCGAUGCAGAACGGUUUGCUGCUGCAGCUGCUUGUUUCAAGCUCAGAGAAAUGGGUGUCAUUGGUCCAAAUAAUCAGCUCCCUGGGAAGAGAACUGGCAGGGUGACAGGAGGGUUACAAUCCCACCUUCAUGAUAACGAAGAAGACCCAUUGACAGAGAAUGUCCUUGUGUCUAGAGCGAAACCAGAUGAACAAAACCAAUUGCUGCCUUCCAAAGAAGACCAGUCCAACAUCUCUGAAGCUCUUUCCCUCUUUCCACAACCUAAAUCUCUCCUCACUAGGGUCAUCCAGGUGGCCACGUCGUCCAACCGAAUCAGGGAGCUAACGCAGUUCAGAACAACAGGAGGAAAGCUAAAGAAGUGUGACCUGACUCUGCACUGGCCGAAAGAGAUGACGUUCUCUGCCACAGCGAGCAAUCGAGUGACCGCCGAGAAGAGAGCUGCAGCUCUUGCCUGCAUGAAACUUAAGGAGCUGGAGCUGCUGGAUAAAGACAACAACCCGCUCAGCCAUGCUAAAUACCACCAAGAGAAGGUGAGGGAGGCUGGAGAGCGAGAGAGACGCCCUCUCCCCCUGGAAGUUCCGGAAUACCUGAAGGAACACAUGAGAGACUAUUUAUAACAGUACCCGGUGGCAACAGAAGUACAGAAGCUUUGGGAGGAGGAAGAAGCGAGAGGACAGCAGACAGUGAACCAGGAGGAUGAAGAGGAGAACUUGACAGAUGCCAUCACAGGCAGGCCGUACAGACCUUUGUCUGAACAUGACGCCCAGCAGCUCAGCACCCACCUGCAGGAGAAAUGGGAGAUGGCGAAUCCUGGGCUGAGUGUGGAGCUCCCAGUCGAUGCCCAUCGUCAGCGCGUGAUCUCGGCAGUGCAGUCUUCCAGGGUGGUUGUGAUCGCUGGUGAAACGGGAUGUGGGAAAACGACACGGAUCCCCCGCUUCCUGCUGGAGGAGUCCGUGAGAGGUGGUGAGGGGGCUGAGUGCAACAUCGUGGUCACCCAGCCUCGUCGGAUCAGCGCUGUGUCCGUGGCCCAUCGUGUUGCUCUUGAAAUGGGUCCAGCUCUAAAAAACUGUGUGGGAUAUCAGGUGAGACUUGAGAGCCGACCACCAGAGCAGAGCGGAGGAGCCUUACUCUUCCUCACAGUGGGUGUUCUGCUGAGGAAGCUGCAGUCGAACCCGUCCCUGAAGGGAAUCAGCCAUGUGGUGGUGGAUGAGGUUCACGAGAGGGACAUCAACACAGACCUGCUGCUGGCUCUGCUGCGCUCCAGCUUAAAGGAGAACCCUGACCUACGAGUGGUGCUUAUGAGCGCUACUGGGGACAAGCAGAGGCUGUCCCACUACUUUGGGGGCUGCCCAAUUGUUAAAGUGCCUGGAUUCAUGCACCCUGUGAAGGACAGAUACCUGGAGGAUGUGCUGAGAGAGAUGGGACGACCACUGCCAGCCCAAAAGAGAGUGGAGACAGACAAGCAGGGAGGAAGAGACGAUGUUGCACCAGAUAUAGAUUUAAUAGCUGAUGUAAUCGAGCACAUUGACCAAUGCAGAGAGCCAGGUGCAGUGUUGUGUUUCCUCCCUGGAUGGCAGGACAUCAGGGCUGUUCAAGAGAAACUGGAAGGGAGGCGCCACUUUUCCUCAGGCUCACAGAUGAUCGUACCAUUGCACUCUAGUUUAUCAGUAGCAGACCAGCAGGCUGUGUUCCAGCGCCCCCAAGUGGGCCAGAGGAAGAUUGUCCUCACAACCAACAUUGCUGAGACCUCCAUCACCAUAGAUGACAUCGUCCAUGUGGUGGAUGCAGGAACUCACAAAGAACAAAAUUAUGACCCACGGACUAAGGUCUCCUGUUUGGACACAGUUUGGAUAUCUCAUUCCAAUGUCACUCAGAGAAAAGGGAGAGCAGGGCGGUGUCAGCCAGGACAUUCCUACCACCUGUUCCCACGGAAGCAGCUGGAAUCCAUGACUCCCUUCCCCAUCCCUGAGAUCCUGCGCACCCCGUUGGAAAGUUUAGUAGUGCAAGCCAAAAUCCACAGUCCUAACUGCAAGGCUGUAGAUUUCUUAUCACAAGUGUUGGACAGUCCAGAGCAAAAAUCUGUAAGAGAUGCUGUCCAAAAUCUACAAGACAUUGGAGUUCUGGACAAGACAGAAACCCUGACACCUUUAGGAGAGCGUGUUGCCUGCAUGUCGUGUGACCCUCGUCUGGGCAAAGUGCUGGUCCUCAGUGCCAUGUUCAGAUGUGUUCUGCCCAUGCUGUCUGUAGCUGCCUGUCUGACCAGAGACCCUUUUUACAACAGCCUGCAGAACAGAGCUCUUGUUCACAAGGCUAAAAAUGCUCUGAGCAGCUCCAGCUGCAGUGACUAUUUGGCGUUCGUCAGAGCUGUGUCGGGCUGGAGGAGAGUUCAGCAGGAGGGGGACAGAGAAGACAGGGAUGAAUAUCUGUACAAACACACAUUGUCAAAGUUCAGCCUUCGAUUCAUCAAUGGUCUCAUUUCUCAGUUCAGCGAGAACCUGCAUGAAGCAGAGCUGGUGUCUCGUGCCAAUGAGUGCCAGCAUCACACUUCUCUCUACAACGAGCACAGCAACCAAGAUGAGCUGCUUAAAGCUGUGCUCCUGGCUGGACUCUAUCCCAACCUCAUUCAGGUGAAGAAAGGUGUUGUGACCAAAGGAGGGCGCUUUCGCCCCAACAAAACGUGUUUCCGCACAGUCAGUGGGCCCGUACUGCUUCACCGCGCCUCAGUGAACAGGGGAAAAGAAGAUCUCCCUAGUCGCUGGUUGACCUUCUUUAGCGCAAUCCAGUCCAACGGGAACGUUUUCAUCCGAGACUCUUCUACAGUUCAUCCACUCGCACUGUUGCUGCUCACAGACUGUGAUCUCACAGAGACAGUGAAAGGAGACCGAGUGGAAGUAUCAUUUUCUGGACGCUCUCUGGUGCGCUGUGAGUUGUCAGUUGGGACCUGGGAGCUGCUGUGGGAGCUGCGCACUUCCAUUCAGACCAUGCUGUACCGCAACCUCAACAAUCCCAGAAACGCAAUCACCAACUCCUCUCAAGACGGGAAGCUCAUCUCCUUACUAGUAGAGCUGCUCAACAAUACAGACUUAAACCCUUUUGCGGAGAAUCACAACAGUGACAGUGAGGUAGAUUGAUGAAAUCGAGCACUUUCUACACAUGUAUGUUGGAUCUGCUGGCUGGUACAAAGGAACCAAAGAGAAUGAUGGUAUGUCAUUUGUAUAAUUUUUUGUUUUGUUUUUCAAGUUUGAGAACUUAUGUUGGUAGGUGUUGAUCUAAUCAGGACUCUUGAAGAGCAGAAGUCCUCAGUGGACUGUUGUAUGCUAGUUAUUGAGGUAAAUCAAGAAGUCCUUUGUGGUAAUCCAUUGGUUUGACUUUUGGACUGUGGUUUAUUAUAAAGGCUUUCUGAAAAGCAGAAGUUGAAUUUAACUCAAAAGAAUGAUUAGCCCAAGGUAACUAAAACAGACUGCAUGCAAUAAAUGAUGUCAUAUUUAUUGCAAUAAAUAUUCACAUGCCAACAUGAAGAAAAUGG